AUGCGGGUUUUGAUCGUGAAUGCAUUUCCAGCUUCAAGCAAGCGUGGUCGUGAGAGGUUUGAGCAAUUCCGUCGCCAUGUCACGCGCGUAGUGAGGGAAGUCCAAAAAGCGGAAGUCACGCGUGUCGAAAUCGAGAAGCACCGCAGCAAUCUUGAUUCAUUCUUGUUCGAGCUUCACUCAGAGUUUGCUGAUCCGCACAACAUCACCAACUUCGAUCAGCUGGAUUUCGUUUUUGUCGAUGGAGAUUCAAAUUCAAGUCCAUGGGCACCGAACAUGCGAAAGCUCACUCUGCUGGCCAAAAUGUGCAUGAUGACGGGAAAAUGUUUUUUUGGGAGUGGAAUCGGUGCAUCGCUACUCGCAUUCGUAUGCUCCACUGGAGGCGAGCUACUGCGCGUUAUGAAUAAUGAAGGAAAAGGCAGCUUGCUUGACAGGUUGCAGGAUAUUCCCCCGCCUCCGCAAGAAUGGAGACCAAUCGGGUUCGUAUCUCCUCGCGGUGGCGAUAAUAAUGUGCUGCUCGACAUUAAGAGUGGUGACUUUUUCGUUUUUGUUGAACGCGAGCACUCCUGGGCCCCUAAGGGUAACACUGGUCUUGUUCUCCAUUCAAGCGACAGUGCACGUAGCUACGGGGCUCGACCGAACUCGGCCCGUGCUGGAAGUAAGAAAACGAAUGUUGGACUGAUCAGCCAGCCGCUUUUUCUCUCGAAACGAGGAGAAACUCGAUGCUGUAUCCGACUCGAAGUAGCAAACCAGCACCCAGUUAUUACGACAACUUUUCCGAGAGAACGGGAGCUGGUUCUUAACUGUAAGAGCAAAUGGGAUCUGGACGAGGAGAUCGCUACUACGGGUGGCAACAAGUAUCGAGUUCUAAUCGAUAGCAGUCGCGGGCCGAUGAUGUUGGAGUUUGGAAAUUGCCUAGGAUCACACUUUGAAUUGGCUAGCGAGUACCCGGAAACUGUAGCGUUGUUGCGAAAUUUUACACUGGCGAAGUAUGAUGAGCUCAAAGUACAUGCUCAUAUCGACCGAAGUUACGUAUCAGCGAUCAGCGGAUCUGCUCGAUUAAAGCAGAGACUUAAUCAAGCACAAAACAAACACGCUGGAUCCACUCAAAUUCCACGACACGAAGGAAUCGGAGUCGGUAGAUCAUCUCCUAAACGCAACCGACCCGUAUCAGCAGGCCCUUCUCGAGCGAAGCCACAUGAAGCAAUAUCAAGGCGUAUCCAUACAUCAAGAUCGGCCUAUGCUUCUCCACAAGAUAAAAAUUCGGCUAAACCACCACGAAUUGUGCGUGUUCCCCAAAAGAAUGAACUGGAAAGACUUUAUUGCGCGCAACACCGCUUUGCCAAGAUGCGCAAAGACGAAGAAAAACUUACUACUAAUUAUUAUUCGGUGGUGAACGAUGCGCCUUACGUAAGUGCCUACGAACAGGAAGUCGUCAACAAGCAGAGAAGCAAGCUGCGAUGGAUAGGGGGGCCUUUCCGUACUGCGAUUGGGAAGGCAUCCACAAAUGUGGUACCAGAGGCCAGCAUCUUCAUCAGAGACCCCUUUGAGCAAACGAAUGUGCCGUUUCACAUGACCCAGAGGCGACAAUUUGACCCUAAAGAGAGGCAUUAG